AUGAGUAAGAAAGGAAGAGGCCGCGUUAAGAGGAAGGAGGUGCAGAGUGAGGAUGGGUGGACUGUUAUUACCCAUGGCUUGGCGAGUAUCUCGCUUGAUGGGAAUGGGAAGAAGGAGGCAGAUACUGGGUCCUUGCCUACGAGGAUUGUGGAGGGACUAACAGCGGAGAAAUUAUUGGACGAUUUUCGCCUCCUUCAAGAGCGGUGGGAAGAUACGCUGCUUUCGAAGCAAGUCAAAGAGAUUGUGGAGAAGAGGAGCGCUGAUGGCAAAUGGGGUGUUGAAGAAGCGAUAGUCAAAGAAGAGAACAAGGACAUCAAGAUACAGUGCUUCGCCCAAGACCCAGCCUUCACAGCCCUCGACAUCGAAUUCCUAUCUCACCUCUCCAUCACGGUCCUCGACUCCGAUCUCCAAGUCCAUAUCACGUCCAAAUCCUUCGUCUACUCGCCGUUCGUGGACUGGUUCCUUCUCCUACCGACGUUCCUCAAAUCGAAAGACCCGGUGUUGUAUGUAGGCAACGAGAUUCUGGAUGACUAUAGUGUAUAUGCGCAAACGAAGGAGAAGAAAGAGCGAUUGGAGGAGUGCAAUGAGGUGGGUAAGAGGUGGGUAAAAGGCAGGGAAAAGGUGGCGCUAAGAGAGUUCGAAAAGCAUGGGAAUGCGUUGAAUGGGAUGGUUGUGUAUUUGAGGAAUUGUGAUGAGGACGCAGAGGAAGAGGAAGAUACAGAGGCGAAGCUUGGAGAAGAAGAUAACAAAGAGGCGACUCCCAAAGAAGAGAUCUAG